GUCGGGACAGCAGUGCGUGGCCCACGUGGAUCCUCUGACGGGGCGUCCCGACGGCGACGAUUGCCACGCCGUGCCCAAUCGAACACAGGAGAACGUCUUCUCCUCCAUCAUGGCGUUGCAGACGCUCCCCAACGUGAACCAGUUCUGCGACGGAGACGAGCACCUUCACAACGACGAAGCGCCAUCCAAGCAGAACGUCAUGUGCGGUUACCGCAGCACUUGGGACGUCAUCUCCAAUCACGCCGACUUCCAUCUCAGGAACCAGGCCGGCGAACGCCUCCUUGGCAGAACCCGUUUCCACUACGUCCAAGAGGCACCUCUACGCGUUGUCAUCGUUGUCCAGGUCAGCGCCGCCAGCGCCCUCAAGGAUCGGCGCAGUUUCGUGAUCCGAGCCCUGGACAAGUUUGCGCGCGUGGACGCCCCCGAGGACAGCCGCCUGGGGCUGGCGGCGUUCGGGCAAGUCGAGGCCGCCGUCAAGGUGCCGCUCACGCUCAUGAACAGCUCUAGCGUGCGCUCAAAGCUGGGCCAGCGGGUGCCCGUGCCGGGAACCAAGUUCAACUCGUCUGUCGAAGAAGGCAUCUCCAAGGCGCUCCAGAUGCUGAAGGAAGACCGCGAGCUCCCGUACCCGACGGUGAACGGGUCAGCGGCCGCCGGUGGCGUCAUCCUGCUCCUGAGCAGCGGCGACAUGGCGGCCGACGUGGCCGAGCGCCUCCAGGAAUCGCUGGUGGCGUCCCAGGUGCGGCUCCAGAGCAUUGUGUACCCGCAGUCGGAGCACCCCGAGCCGCACCUGGACGCGCUCGUGGAGCACACCGGGGGCAGGACAUGGCACGUGCACGAGGCCGCCGUGGCCGACCAACUCCAGGGCAGCGUGGCCACCCAGGCCGAGCUGUACGAAGCCUUCUACUCGCUCGUACUCCGCGGAUAUUCCUGGGACGAGACGGACAACUACGUCAUGGUGGAAAAGCGCGAGUUCGGCGAGGCCGAACAAGAGAGCGGCGCGCCGCUGACGCUGAGCUUCGACGUGGACCCUGGCCUCGCCCGGCAACUGCUCGUGGUCGUUGUGGGCUACGACUUCAGCAACAUCGCGCUGCCCUCCAUCACCCAGGAAGGGAUCCACCUGAAGGCGCCCAACGGGAACCCCGGCUACAACGCCAACGACCUGAGCGUCUUCAACUUCGACUACGCCUUCUGGAGCUAUAGCUUCAAGAUUGCCGAACCCGCCGUGGGCAUGUGGGAGCUGCACGCCGAGCCGACCAAGAAGACCGCCCAGCCGGUAAUCGGCAUCGUGUAUGCCAAGCCGGCGGUCAAGGAGGUGCCCAUCCUCCUGGACGUCUGGAUCAGUGGACGCUCGUCGGCGGUGAACUCGUCGGAGAAGUUCAUCAUCUACGCGGAACUCAAGAAGGGCUCCCACCCGGUGGCCAAGGCCCUGGUGACAGCUUUUGUCCGCCGUCCCGACACCGACAUCGUGUCCCGCGUACACCUCAUCGACAACGGCGCGGGAGACCCUGACCUGACGGAGAACGACGGCGUCUACUGCCGAUACUUCACCGACUUCACGGGCACGGGUCGCUACGACCUGACCGUGGUGGCCAACGACAACGACGUCUCGGCCGUCAUCAUCGGCGCCUCGGACGGAGACUUCGAGAGCAGAUUUCCCGAGGGGGCCGAGUACCCGUCGUGCUGCGGCAGCCGGGUGUCGGACAGCUACUCGCAGAAGACGAACCGGUUCACGCGCACCGACCACUACGGCUCCUUCUUCGUGACCACGGAGAAGGCGAGCAAGGACGUGCUGCCGCCGAGCCGCAUCACGGACCUCCGCGUCGUGUCCACGGACAACCUGCGGAUGGCCGUCACCUUCAACUGGACAGCGCCAGGCGAUGACUUCGACGAGGGUCAAGCGAGUCGGUACGAGUUGAAGAGCUUCAAGGACAAGCUGAACGCGCGACAGCGCUUCUCGAGUCAUGGCCAGCAGGUUAGCCAGUGGGACGUCGACGGACCUUUCUACGAACCUCCGCGGCCCUUCGGCACCACUCAGACGGCCACGGUACGUCUCAAGAGCAACCAGAGCCCGCUCUACUUCGCCAUCCGAGCCGUCGACGACGAGGGAAAUGCCGGUCCGGUCUCCAAUGUGGUCGAGGUGGUCGUGAUCCCACCGCCCACGACCACGUCAACCUCUACGCAGCCGUCUUCAUCAUGGGGCAGCGGCGGAACCGCCGGAACUCAGGAACACUCCAGCGGCACGCGAAGCAGCCGGGACAAGUUGAACGCAGCGCAGCUCGCACUUAUCAUCGCCGUCCCGCUGGCGGUACUCUUGGUGGGCAUCAUCGUCAUCAUCCUCCUGAUGGCCCGACGCCGAAAAGCACCGCCGCCCAAGAAGUCCGCGGAAAACGGGAACGCGCAGCAGCCGCCGCCACUUCCGGCCAAGAUUCCGCGCGACGACCUGCCGCCCCAGGUGACGCCGAUCGCGGACGAGGACUCCAAACAGACUCCGCCAGGAAGACUGGACAGCUCCAUCAGCCCCGUCAACUCGUGGCCCGCCAGCGUGCUCCUGGACCACUACAACAAGGUGCAGCAGGCCAAGCAGAGGCACGAGCCGCCACCCAUCAUGAUGGUCGAAGACGGCGUGUCCCUCAACUCCUCGACGCCGUCGCUCUACUCCAAGAGCGACUACGGCGGCGUGACGGCCCCCAGGCCCAAACACCGGGGUCCGAGUCAGGAGACCGUGGCCCCCAGCUACAACGCCGUCUACUCGUCCUCGCAGCACUCCUUGGACAAGACCGGGGGCGGUGUCACGAGGAACAUCACCCAGGUCUAGUGUGGACUAUCUGCGUCGCGUCGCUCUUGUUGUGUGCCCCGAGACGAAAGACACAGGUGACGUGCCCCCCCGCGGACACGAUGCAAUGGACAAGUCGAUGAGUGUCUUCUGUGGUGGGCGUCCCGCGUCUCCAGCUAGUGUUCUUGUAUAUGUGUGAGCGUGCGUGUGUGUGUCUGGCUGAACUCGAUCAAAAGCGACCAGCGUUUGUCGGACGCGAGAAAAGGUUUCGGGACACGGGCGAUUUGACUUGGAACAGUCAAACUGACUCCUCUUCUAAACGAGCGAGCCAUCUGCUUUAUAAGCAUGGAACUGGGUCACUGUUUUAGCAAUUCGCUAGUCACUGGUAGCCUUUGCUGAUACGGCUAGUCAAGUUAGUACCAUCGGAGGCGGAAUUAGUCCUCGUUGUUCACGCAGCGAGGACUGCUGGUCCUAGAGCGAGUCGCACUUCUUUUUUUUUUUUGUUUUCGUUGCUUGUAAUUUGGACCGCUUUCUGUGUACUUUAGCGUGGCUGCUGUUCCCGCAGGUGUCUUUGGAAACGCGCUUUUCUAGCCCUCCAGCGAGAAACUUCUCUAGUCAGCAGCAGGUCAUCUUUGCACUAGCACUAGUGAUUGUUCUGUUCAUGGUCACACCCACACACACACCUCGUAGCGAAGUCUGUCUGCAAUUUUGUUGUCGCAGCACAACCGAAAUGCCCCCAUACAUCAGCACCGUUCGUGUCUAGUUUUAACGAGCAUCAGGAAAACGUUUGCAAUGUGCCGUCCCAUUUUCAGCAAAGAGGAGGAAACAGUAGGAGAGGCAGAUCUUAGCCGUAGAGAAUGUGUCACGACGAGGCUUUCGUUUUUCUAUACUGGCGGUCAUUUUUCUUUCCUGGAGCACAGAGGCCACGACAUUCCUUCGCGCGUCUACAACUGUAUAAAGAAUUUCACGCUGAUGUUACGCUCGUCGAACCAUAGUUACGAGAAGAAAAAAAAAAAAAAAGAUGCAGGUUUUAUUGGACCUUUUUUAUCCUCCCAUCGUCUGUGCAACCCCCGAGUGGGCGGACCCAUCCCCUCUCUUCAGGUCACUCCGGAGACCCACCAAAAAGGCUGUGUCACUUCAUCCAUGUCCAGUCGCGUUUCACACUGCUACGCAUCUCGGGUCCCCGCGCAACCAAAGAGCAAUCAAUUGCCACUCUUUGACCGUCAAAAAUUGUCUGUCGAAAAAAAAAAUGAAUUGCGAGGGGUGCAGAUUAUACAGCAAAGUGGCUAGUGUGCAAUAUUCAUCACUGUCUCGAAUGUUUUUGUUUGUUCAUUUUUAUUCAAAGUGGUUGCCUUGAAGAACAAGUUUAGAUUGUACAUAGCAUUUUUUGAACUCCAGCGUUUUCUUCCACCUUUCAUCGUCAUUGUCGCGUUCAUUUGAAGUUGUUUUGUUGCGUGUGAGUGUUCUCUGGGACAUCGUAUCUCAUCAAAGACACAACUACUGCACACUGUUUGUUUUUUAAUACCAAAGAUAAUAACUGCAGGCGCUCGGCGGUAAAUGUACAAGUCACGCCGCUCCUCCGCCGACAUGAUCGCAGCUCACUGCUGCAAAGAUAUCGUGCAAGAAUAGAUACAUUGUCGAAUUCGACAGAGCGCGGAGGAAAGAGACGAACAAGAUCUGAUUUGUAUGAAGCAAGAGAGGCGCAUGUGGCGACCGGAAGCAGAAUAAAUUGAAAUACAGAGGAAAUUAGAAAAAAAAUCCUGCACCAUGUACAUAGCGUGAAGGCAUCUCUUUCUCUUGCUGUGUCUCAACUCAAUACUGCCGCCACCGUUGCAGAAACGGUUGUCAUAUUGGUUUGUUUUACGAGUCUCACAAGUGUACUACAUCACACAUAUGACUGUACACAUUUUUACAUAAAAAUAAAAGAUAUGUUUAUUUAUGACAAAA